AUGGUGGACCAGAAAUGGUCCUCCACCAAGACUGGAAGAACAAUGUCUUGGUAUAAUCUUGGAGGGGUGUCCACCAUGUUUGGCCAUAUAGAGUAUCCAAUCUCUAUCUCUUUAUCUUCUAUAGAUGAACACAACCUCGGGUAUCAGCACCCCGCUUUCUCUCCAGUGGGUGACGUAGACGAGGACAUCAACGUCGUAGAAAAACGAAUAACCCUGAGCGCAGACCUCCGCUCAAUUCUCCACAGGCCGGAUCUGUCACCUGACCCCGCCGUCUGUCAUUCAGCCCUCACAGGGGGCGCCACCCUCAUUUCGCAGCAAAGAACUCACAACGGGAAGAAGCGGUACUCCUGCUCAGAGUGUGGCAAGUGCUUUGCGCAGAAAUCGGGCCUCGGCCGGCACGAACGGAACCACAGGGGCACCUACGACUACACCUGCUCUCACUGCGGGAAGAGCUUCACGCAGAAGGCCUACCUGGUGGUCCACGAGCGGAUUCACACCAACGAGAAGCCAUUUUCCUGCUCGGUGUGUGGGAAAUGCUUUAACCAGAAACCCAACCUGCUGAUCCACAAGCGGAUUCACUCGGACGUUAAGCCGUACACCUGCUCCGUCUGUGGCAAGUGCUUCAAGUACAAGUCCAGCUUCACCCUGCACGAGAGGCUUCACACGGGCGACAAGCCCUUCUCCUGCCCUAUGUGUGGGAAGCGUUUCUCCAAGAAGUCAUCCCUCGUCUCGCACGAGAGGCGCCACAUAGGCCAGAAACUUUUGCUUUGA